UCUAGUUGCACACUCGCCGUCUACGAUUAGGCGAUUUCCGAUUAGAUAUAAACCGAGUUUGCCCUAUUAUCUCUAGUUCACGGUUACAUUCUAGUGAUACCUAACGUAUUUUCCGUAAAUCGUUACUUUCGCGUAUCUAAUGUGGAACUGAACGUUCGAAUUUUAAGUAUGGGUGCUAAAGUGUCCCGAACGGAUUUUGAGUGGGUCUACACUGAGGAGCCUCAUGCUAGCCGCCGGAAAAUUAUUUUAGAAAAAUAUCCGGAAAUCAAACAGCUCUUCGGCUACGACCCCAACUUCAAAUGGGUGGUGACCGGCAUGGUGCUAGUUCAGCUUAUAACACUACCCUUCAUCCAGUACCUCAGCUGGCCGACGCUCAUAGUGGUAGCAUACUGCUUCGGUGGAGUUAUCAACCAUUCUCUCAUGUUAGCCAUCCACGAAAUCGCACACAACCUAGCAUUCGGCCACGCGCGGCCAAUGGCUAAUAGACUAUUUGGGUUCUUCGCAAAUCUUCCCGUUGGGGUGCCCGCCUCGAUCAGCUUUAAGAAGUACCACUUGGAACACCACAGGUAUCAAGGCAUAGAAACCAUCGACACAGACCUGCCUACGCUCAUCGAAGCGAAACUCUUCAACACUACCUUCGGAAAAUUCAUCUGGUUGAUUCUCCAGCCGUUCUUCUACAUGGUGCGGCCGCUGGUGGUCCGCCCGAAGCCUCCAGAACCUCUGGAAUUGGUUAAUGUGAUCAUACAGCUGUUCUUUGAUGCCUGCGUGGUGCAACUUUUCGGUUGGAAAGCUUUGUGGUACCUCAUCAUUGGAUCCCUAUUGGCGAUGGGUGUGCAUCCAGUAGCAGGCCACUUCGUGUCAGAGCACUACAUGUUCAAGAAAGGUUUUGAGACGUACUCGUACUACGGAGCGCUUAAUUUCAUCACGUUCAACGUUGGGUACCACAUGGAACAUCAUGACUUCCCUGCGGUACCAGGCAGUAGGCUACCAGAGGUAAAACGCAUAGCCGGUGAGUUCUACGAUGACCUCCCCCAACACCACAGCUGGGUGUCCGUGCUAUACGACUUUGUUAUGGACCCCGACAUCGGACCCUACGCGAGGAUCAAGCGCAAGGAGCGCGGGUUGGAGAGCUAAGCUCUUUUCUACAGAGCACAGCUCUUUUAUACAGAUUUCAGCUCUUGACUUACCAGCAAGAUUUAUGGCAAAGAAAAUUUAUUGUAUGGCAUGUGUGAGGGAUUUGUCUACACUUAACACAUCUUGUACCAUCAAUGAAUUUUUGCUUUUGGGUAACUGAACCUGAGUUUGCCUGAUUUCUUGGACUGACAAAAAGAGUUAACCAAAAAAUGUAAUUUUAUUAAUUUUGCAACGACAAAACUGAUAUUUUUUGUAUAUUACUUUAUUGGGUAAAAGAAAUAUUUUUUUUUACCUAAGAAUUUAAACCAGUGAUUAUAGCAAUGAUUUUUUUUUGCAUUUUAUAUAUUUAAUAUACUAAUUACAUUUCUAAGAAGCGGUUUAGGUAAAUCAAUUGAAGAAAACUUGAUUUAUUUUUCAUGGUAUUGAUGUGAUGAUUUUUUUUCUCUUUAAAAUUAUUUAGGUAAAUAUGUCGAGUUAAAAAAUAUUAGUCUGCUAUGAGACUUCUUUUGAUCUUUUCAUAAACUAGCUUUUUUCACGUUUGACGUGUGAUAAUAGAUAUAUAUAAAUGUUAAUAGAAUCGAUAUAAAUACAGUCCAUAAAAUACAGUAUAUAGAACCAAUCUUAGUGAAGUAUUAUGUAUAACUUUUAGAUUGGUAAAGCAAAAGUAUUUUUCUAUGUUUUUUUUUUCAUAUAUACCUAUACUCAGAUAUACAUAUAACGACGAUGGUGUUAUUUUGUCACAAUCAAUUUUUUUUUUUUGUAAUCAGUAUUUUUUUAAAGGGUUUUAUGUUUUAUAGAAAAUGCCUGUAGAAUACAUAUAUAGUACAGGGCAAAAUAUAUAACAGGGAGUUUUGUUAUAAAAUAAGAGAAGACAAGGAAAAAGAUUAAAUAAAAGAUUGAAUGUAUUAAAAUAAAACUGAGCUUAUCCAGAAAUAUUAAACAGUGUAUCGCCGGUACCGUUAUGGC